AUGUUCCGGAGCUUCCCAUUUUUCUCCAUCCGCGGGCCCCAUUUUAUUCCCAGUUGCGCGAUAUCGUCUUUCGUUCGUUGGAAGCCACCACAACAAACCACCAAAACCCACCCAGCGUCAACGGCCGGCACCACGCACAACCACUCCGAACCCGGAUUUUUCACGACCUUCAUCCGGCCGCCGUCCAACCCCUCUCUCCCCCCAAUUGGCCCUCCCUCGAUUCCCAGAGCCGUCGUUCACUCGCACCGCUCGGCCGAACCCCCCGAUACCCGAAUCGACCUUCUUUUUCACAUUCUUUCGCCACACAAAAUGUCUUUCGCCCUCCUCUCACGGCGGUCCGCCCUCACCAUGGGCCGCCAGAUGGUCCGUUUCGAGUCCUCCGCUACACAAAAGGCCGCCGAAACUGCCAAGCAGACUGCCACCAAGGCUCAAGCUCAAGCCGCUGAGCUCUCGGCCAAGGCCCAGGAGGGUCUCUCUCGCGUCACUGCCGCUGCCGGUCCUGCUAUCACCAACGCUGCGAAGAACGUCUCGGGUGCGCUGGGCAAGGUUGGCGGGCCCACUGGGCGUCUUGUUGCUUUUGUUGAGAGCAAAACCCCUGCCCUCGUUUACUACACCAAGGUUGGCAUCGAGGUGGCCAAGAUCGUCUUCCGGGGCCAGAGCAUGUCUCCUCCCUCCGUCUCUACCUUCCAGACAUACUUCCAGAACCUCUGGAAGCAACUCCAGACCCCCGGCCCCUUCUUCUCCCAGCUCGCCAAGUCCCUCAAUCCCCAGCAAGUGCGCAACCUCUCCAGGACACAAGUCGCUGCCGGCGGCGUCCUCGUCGCCGAGCUCCUCGGUUUCUUCACCGUGGGCGAGAUGAUUGGCAGACUCAAGAUUGUCGGGUACCACGGUGGCCAGAAGGCUGAUGCUCACCACUAA